AUGAAGAAGAAGAAGAUCAAGUCCCUCAAAGAAGAAGAUAGAACAAGGAGGAGGAAAGAGAAAACAAAACAAUGGCUUCUCCAUCACUAACAUCAUCAACAACAACAACAAAACCCUCAUCAUCUUCCCACCACUCUCGUCUCUUCUCCACCUCCCCUGUUUCUCCAUUCCGCCUCUCUUUCUUCCACUCCAAAACCACCUCCCACAACCGCCGACCCCGCAUCCACUGCACUGCUGUCGGUACACCAGCCCAAACAGUCACCAAAAAAACCAGCAAAUUCGACAUCCAAACUCUAACCGGCUGGCUUUUAAAACAGGAACAAGCCGGAGUCAUCGAUACUGAACUCACAAUCGUCCUCUCCAGCAUUUCACUAGCCUGUAAACAAAUCGCAGCUUUAGUCCAAAGAGCCAAUAUCACAAACCUCACUGGAGUUCAGGGCGCCGUCAAUGUCCAAGGAGAAGACCAAAAGAAACUAGAUGUCGUCUCCAACGAGGUGUUCUCUAGUUGUCUAAGGACAAGCGGAAGAACAGGGAUCAUAGCAUCCGAGGAAGAAGAUGUUCCUGUUGCGGUUGAAGAGAGUUACUCAGGGAAUUACAUUGUAGUCUUUGAUCCUCUUGAUGGUUCGUCCAACGUUGAUGCUGCUGUCUCAACAGGAUCAAUCUUCGGAAUCUACAGCCCGAAUGAUGAAUGCCUAGCUGAUAUAGGAGAUGAUGAAGAUGAUUCCACGCUUGACAGUGCAAGAGAGAAGUGUAUAGUAAACGUAUGUCAGCCCGGAACAAACCUUCUUGCAGCUGGCUACUGCAUGUAUUCAAGCUCCGUAAUCUUCGUGUUGUCAGUUGGGAAAGGGGUGUUUGCUUUCACACUGGACCCGAUGUAUGGAGAAUUUGUGUUGACACAAGAGAACAUCCAAAUUCCGAAAUCAGGGAAGAUUUACUCAUUCAACGAAGGAAACUAUCAGAUGUGGGAUGAGAAGUUGCAAAAUUAUAUAAACGAUUUGAAAGAUCCUGGUCCGACUGGAAAACCAUAUUCAGCUAGAUAUAUUGGAAGUUUGGUGGGUGAUUUUCAUAGGACAUUGUUGUAUGGAGGGAUUUAUGGGUAUCCUAGAGACAAGAAAAGUAAGAAUGGUAAGUUAAGGUUGUUGUAUGAAUGUGCUCCUAUGAGUUAUAUUGUUGAACAAGCUGGUGGAAAAGGAUCUGAUGGUCAUUCUAGGGUUCUUGAUAUUCAACCAACUGAGGUUCAUCAAAGAGUACCACUCUAUAUUGGAAGUUCGGAGGAGGUUGAGAAAUUGGAGAAAUAUUUGGCAUAGAAAAAUAAUAUGUAAAGAAAAAGGAAUUAAGUUGAAUUAUUUCCUUUUAAUGUUUAAAUUGUAUUUUUAAUGGAGUUAUAUUGUAAUUUGGAAUGUCAAAAUUGAGUUGGUUUAUUUUUAAUU